CCCCCCCCUCGCACUGCUCGGAAGGUGCCCUUGCUGCUCCUCGUCUCCCUCUGCGCCUGCUUUCUCGCCAUGCUGCUGCUGCCCCGCUCCACCCUGCUCCACCCUCACAGUCACGACCGCCCACCUAUGCAGUCGAUCCCGCUGCUCCCGCCACGGAUGCAAAUACCAGCAGCCAUGCGUUCCUUCCCACCGAAUAGCAGCAGCGAGCACAGGAACAGCAGCAGCAGCAUUGCACCUGUUCAUUUCUUUGUGUUUGGCGACUGGGGAAGGAACGGCACGUUCAACCAGUCGCUAAUCGCCAUGCAGAUGGGCCUAAUUGGAGCCCACAUGCACCCCCAGUUCGUGGUCUCGCUUGGAGACAACUUCCUCGAGCUCGGCCUUCCAGACGUCAAUGCCCCUCAAUUCGCCCAGUCCUUUACGAAUAUCUACACCCACCGCAGCCUGCAGAUCCCCUGCUGGGCCAAUCACGACCACCCCUCGUUCUUCCCUUCCCCUUUUCCCCCUCUCCCCGCCCUCCCAGGCUUCCUGGGAAACCAUGACUAUUAUGGGAACGUGCUAGCCCAGCUGCAUCCAGCGCUGGCCAAUCGCGAUCCUCGAUGGACUUGCCGUCGCAGCAUGGCCCUCUCGCUGCCCAUCUGCGCCGAGAUGGAUGACCAGGGCGUUGACUGCGUUGACACUGGAGGAGGGCAGGGUGUUGACCGCGUUGACUCUGGAGGAGGGCAGGGUGUUGACCGCGUUGACUCUGAAGGAGGGCAGGGCGUUGACUGCGUUGACUUUGUUGACCUGUUUCUGUACGACUCGAUGCCGCUGAUCCCUGCAUACCGGCGCAAGGAGGGCCGGCGGGUGGACUGGAGGGGCCUCAACACGGGCAACUGGAGCCGGCAGGAGGAGGCACAGCUGCAGGAGCUGGAGGGGUGGCUGAGCAACUCGCAGGCGCGGUGGAAGGUGGUGGGGGCGCACCACCCGGUGUUCAGCUAUGGCAAGCACGGCGACCAGCCCGAGAUGGUUGAGAGGAUCAAGCCGCUGCUGGAGAAGUAUGGUGUGGACGUUUACAUCAACGGUCACGAUCGCAACAUGCAACACAUUAAAAAGGACGAGAGUCCUGUUCACUAUUUCACGGUGGGUGGGGGUUCCAAGGCAUGGCGAGGCGAUGCUCCCCCUGUUGCCCCCGGCCUGCGUUUCUUCUUCCCUGGUCAGGGUUUUAGUGCCCUGGAGGAGCUGCGUGACUUGCAGCCCACCCUAUUGGAUGCUGCCACGUAUGCAGAGGAGGCCUAUCUUGUCACGGACCAAAAGGACAUGGACUACGCAGUGAGCAUGCUGGUGUCCGUGGUGGACCGCAUUGGCGCUGCUGCCAACCUCAUAUCCUUAUGCCGUGCUGUUCCCCCUCCUUUCCUCCACUGUGCUUCGCCCACGCAUAGAGCUGCACAACGUGCGGGACCAUGCAUGAGCAUGCUAGUGUCCGUGGUGGACCGCAUUGGCGCUGCGGCCGAUCGCUUCACCGAUGCCGUCUCCCUGCAGGCCAAGGAGAUGGCUGCUGCUGACGUCAGAGUCGCGUCAGCUGCCGAGAUCCUCGAGACUCGUCCCAAACAGCCCUCUCCUCCUCGUCACUCCAUAUACAUUCCAUCCUGUGCACUCAAACCAUCCCUCCUCACCCCUCUCGCCCGUCCAUCUCCCCACAUCCCACACUCUCCAGACCCUCGAGGCUCGUCCCACACAGCCCUCUCCUCCUCGUCACUCCUCUCCUCCAUGCCCCUUGCCCCCCCUUCUGAAAGCCUUCUUGACAGCCUUGCUUCCUCCUCCCUCGUCCCCCGCUCUGCCACGGCUAGUGAGUACACGGCACACACCAACCGCAGAGUUGCUUCAAAAACUGCCCACACAAAACGCCCCAUUCAAACUCUGCUUUACGCAAAGGAAGCCGUUGCGUUGGAAGCAGGAGGGUCGAGUGCUCCUGUCGGUAUGCCAUCCGUCCGUGCGUCUCUCGACUGCUUAGCUGGUCUACCACCCUCCUCCUCCUCCACUUCGUCAUCCUCCUCCUUCCCCUCCUUUUCAUCCUCCUUCCCCUUCUCUACUGUUGCCCACUCCUCAUCAACUCUCUCCAACCCAUCGGCAGCAACACCACACUCUGCUGACAAGAUACUGUCGCGGAAACAAUCGCACUCACACAACCUCUCUCACUCACCCAACCUUGCUCACUCGCCCGACCUCUCACACUCUCACAACCUCUCCCAUUUCUCCAACCUGUCUCGCUCGCACAACCUCUCACAGUCUCACGGGCUCAUGCACUCCCUUUCCCACUCGCUCUCGCAACACAUGGGACACCGAGGCUCGCACGCUCGACAAAGCAAGGAGCCUACCACUCCCAAGGGGCACUUCCCCCUCGUCGCCUCCUCAUUGCACGCUGGAGGGGCUUCAGGUGUUGAUGACGUGGAGGGCAGUGAUAGGAGGUCCACCACGCCACAUCGGCGCGGCCGGCAACUGCUGAAAAAUAUCUUCUCACGCGGUGCUGGUGGUGCUGGUGCUGGUGCUGCUGGUGCCAGUGGUGCGUUAGGGGAUGGUAGUGGCGGUUAUAUGAGCACUCAGAGAGCCCAUGAUCGAGGGUACUCCGGACACCUGUGA